AUGGAGCGGUCCGAGACCGGCGCAGACGGGGCCAUGGAGCGGCCCGAGACCGGCGCAGACGGGGCCAUGGAGCGGUCCGGGACCGACGCAGACGGCGCCAGCCAUCAGAACGGCCUUCGAUACGCCUGUGGGUGGGAGAAAUGCCAUCGGGUAUUGCCCUCUCAGCAGCAUCUCGUGGAUCACGUGACCGCGGAGCACGUGCAGCUGGCCAGCAACACCUACCGCUGCCUGUGGCAAGGCUGCUCUCGGAAGAGGCAGGGUUUCAAUGCCAGAUAUAAAAUGUUUGUGCACAUCCGAACACACACCAAAGAACGCCCCCACGUCUGCCUGGAUUGUGGGAAGGGCUUCAGCAGGCAGGAGAAUCUGAAAAUUCACAAGCGCUCACACAGCGGUGAGAAGCCGUACGCCUGCACGCACGAGGGCUGCGACAGAGCGUACUCCAACUCAUCGGACCGCUUCAAGCACACCCGCACGCACCUGGUGGACCGGCCCUACGGAUGCCGCUUCCCAGGCUGCUCCAAGACCUACACGGAUCCCAGCUCUCUGCGCAAGCACAUGAAAGCGAACGGUCAUUGUCGGCCGACCUCCCUGCCGAACGGUCGUCAGUCGACCUCCCCGUCAAACGGUCACUGUCGGCCGACCUCCCUGCCGAACGGUCGUCAGUCGACCUCCCCGUCAAACGGUCACUGUCGGCCGACCUCCCCGCCGAACGGUCGUCAGGCGACCUCCCCGUCAAACGUGCUGAGCGAAGAGCGACCACCGUGUCCGGCACCACUCGACCUGAGCCUGCCACCGACCUGA